AUGAGUGCUGGCCAGGCAUUGCUGUCAGAGGUUGAGGGGUUGGGGGGCUGUUGGCUGUCUGUCACCACAGGAGGCUUGCUUUCCUGGUUCAGCUCUGAGGUCAAACCCUCCCACCUGAGAGAACUGGACCUGAGCUUCAAUCACCCAGGAGACUCUGGAGUGAAGCUGCUCUGUGCUAGACUGAAAGAUCCACACUGUAGACUGGAGAAACUCAAUGUGGACCAUAAUGAAGAGUUCUGGGUUAAACCACAGCUGCUGAAGAAAUAUGCCCGUGAUCUCACACUGGACCCAAACACAGCACACAGAAACCUCUCUCUGUCUGAGGGGAACAGAAGGGUGAAGAGGGUUAAAGAGAAGCAGCCGUAUCCUGAUCACCCAGAGAGAUUUGAGUUGCAUCCCCAGGUGCUGUGUAGAGAGGGUCUGACUGGACGCUGUUACUGGGAGGUAGAGUGCAGUGGGUGGGCUGCCAUAGGAGUUACGUAUAAAGGCAUCAGCAGAAAAGGAAGAAGUCCUGCCUGUGGGCUUGGAGUCAAUGACAAGUCCUGGUGUCUGGACUACUCUGGAGAUCGUUACACUGCAGGCCACAAUAGGGAAGUGACUCAUAUACCUGCUCUGCCCGUCAACCCUCCUCAACCCCAGAGAGACCUGUCCUCCUGCUGCCCACACCCCAGAGUAGGAGUGUUUCUUGACUGGCCGGCCGGCACUCUGUCCUUCUACAUGGUCUACUCUGACACAAUGACCCACCUGCACACAUUCCAGACCACAUUCACUGAGCCCCUCUACCCAGGGUUUGGGGUUUGGAAUGAGGGCUCUUCAGUGUCCCUGAGCCAGGUAGAGUAACCUCCUGUGUCCUGGAGGAACACCUGGGUCUCCAUGGAAACACAGUUACACUCCUGUUCUAACCCAACCAUGUGAC